GAAAGUUAACAAAGGAGCAGAUCAAAGCUGGCUAUGAGGCACUGAAAAAUAUUGAAAGUCUUAUACAGAAGAAAGAUUUUGGCCGAAAUUUGUCCGAUGCGUGUAGUGAGUUCUAUACCAGGAUUCCACAUGAGUUUGGAAUGCAAGUACCACCAUUAAUCAGGACCCCUCAGAUGGUGAAAGAGAAGAUUGCUUUACUGGAGGCACUAGAAGACAUAGAGAUUGCUAUCAAGAUGCUGAGGGGAGGCGACAUGUCAGAGAACCCUGUAGACAGACACUACCAUCAGCUGCACUGCAGCCUGGAGCCCCUUGAUCACAACUCUGAUGAGUUUAAGCUUAUUGAAAAGUACUUACAACACACCCAUGCCAGUACACACAACCAGUACAAGAUGGAGCUUGUAGAUGUGUUUGCUUGCAGUAAAGAAGGAGAAGCUGAACAUUUCAAAGAUUAUGGAAACAGGAUGUUGUUGUGGCACGGCUCAAGGCUGACCAACUGGGCGGGUAUUCUAGGUCAGGGGUUAAGAAUUGCUCCCCCUGAAGCACCUGUCACUGGUUAUAUGUUUGGGAAAGGAGUGUAUUUUGCUGAUAUGUCCAGCAAGAGUGCCAAUUAUUGUUUUGCUUCAAAAACCAAAAACACAGGACUGCUGCUGUUGUGUGAUGUGUCUUUGGGAAACAUAGAGGACAAACUGGCAGCUGAUUACAAUGCAGACAAGCUUCCUAAAGGCAAACACAGUGUCCGGGGCGUGGGCAUGAUAGCACCAGACCCUGCAGAAAAUGUGAAACUACUUGAUGGAGUGGUCGUGCCAGUGGGAAAACCCAAAGACACAAGGACAAAUAAUCCUGGUGGCUUCACCUUGAACUACAACGAGUACAUCGUCUACGAUGUCAGACAGGUUCGGAUGAAGUAUCUUGUUGAAGUGAAAUUUAAUUUCAAAUAG